UAGGUCUUUUUUGCCCUAGCCGCAAGGGUAGUAUAAAAACGAGCAAUCUCAUCAUUGGCAGCCAUUGGCAUCUGCAUACAGCGUGAUUCCGAAACUACGCUCGCGUUCUAAACUCCGCGGCACGGAUCCGAGGAGUUUUGAUUGUCCGGCGCUUAAUUGACCGCGUGGAUAUUCUGUUUGUAAUCAGGAUUUGAGAGAAUUAUGGCUACUGUAACACCUGAAGGAGCACAAUUCGAUGCACGCCAGUAUGAUGCUAAGAUGUCCGAACUGCUCCAAUCUGAUGAUGGGCAAGACUUCUUUACUUCCUAUGAUGAAGUUUUUGAUACCUUUGAUAUUAUGGGUCUUCAGGAGAACCUCCUCAGAGGCAUUUAUGCAUAUGGUUUUGAAAAGCCUUCAGCCAUCCAGCAGAGGGGAAUCGUUCCAUUCUGCAAGGGAAUUGAUGUGAUUCAGCAAGCUCAGUCUGGAACCGGAAAAACUGCAACCUUUUGCUCUGGAAUUCUGCAGCAGCUUGAUUAUGGCUUAACACAGUGCCAGGCCUUAGUCUUGGCACCCACCAGGGAACUUGCCCAACAGAUCGAGAAGGUUAUGCGAGCUCUCGGUGACUACCUAGGUGUUAAGGUCCAUGCAUGUGUUGGUGGAACCAGUGUUCGUGAGGAUCAGAGGAUCCUUGCUGCUGGUGUCCACGUCGUUGUUGGAACCCCCGGGCGUGUCUUCGAUAUGCUUCGGAGGCAGUCACUCCGCGCUGACUACAUCAAGAUGUUUGUAUUGGAUGAGGCUGAUGAAAUGCUCUCCCGUGGCUUUAAGGAUCAGAUAUAUGAUAUUUUCCAACUGCUGCCGCCUAAGAUUCAAGUCGGAGUUUUUUCUGCUACCAUGCCACCUGAAGCUCUUGAGAUCACCCGGAAGUUCAUGAACAAACCGGUGAGAAUUCUGGUGAAGAGAGACGAGCUUACUCUUGAGGGUAUAAAGCAGUUCUACGUCAAUGUCGAUAAGGAAGAGUGGAAGCUGGAGACACUCUGCGAUCUGUACGAAACCCUUGCCAUCACUCAGAGUGUCAUCUUUGUGAACACCAGACGUAAGGUCGACUGGCUUACCGACAAAAUGCGAUCCCGGGACCACACUGUCUCGGCCACCCACGGGGAUAUGGAUCAGAAUACUCGUGACAUCAUUAUGCGCGAGUUUCGCUCCGGUUCUUCUCGUGUUCUGAUCACGACUGAUCUCUUGGCUCGUGGUAUUGAUGUGCAGCAGGUCUCUCUUGUCAUAAACUACGACCUCCCAACGCAGCCGGAAAACUAUCUCCAUAGAAUUGGAAGAAGUGGAAGGUUCGGAAGAAAGGGAGUCGCCAUAAACUUCGCGACGCUCGACGACGAGAAAAUGCUGCAUGACAUUCAGAAGUUCUACAAUGUCACCAUUGAAGAGCUUCCAUCAAAUGUUGCUGACCUUAUCUGAGGUAUGUUUUUUAGGCUUUUUGUUUCGGCUGCAGAGUAGAUGAGGAGGUGGGGGCGUUUGGAAGUUUGUUAUUUGAUAGUUAACUAGUGUUUUUACCUUUAUUUUUAAUAUUGGUUUUUUUUUGGGAUCUAUCUUAAUUAAAUUGCAAAGAGAUGAAUUAUUUUUGUUACACCACACUUUCAUCGUCAUCAUCUUAGUGGCCUUAGAGAGA